AAAAAUCCUCACAUUCAAUGGCUUUACAGGAUCUGUGCAAUUUCCAGGACAUUUUUCAGGACAGUCUUACCAAACUGUGUUUUUUGGGGACAUUUGAAAAGAACACUGCGUGUGAUUAUGUGAGCAGUUUAUCCACCAGGAGUAGCACAAGUCUGUUCAAUUUUUACAUACCAGCGGCUGAGUACCUAGAUGAAAGUCCAAUACAAUUUGGGCAAAUCAGCAACAUCCAGAGCUCCAGCGCUAUUUCAUCUCAAGAAUCCAUCUUAUCACCCUCCUCCUUGCCUACAAGCCUUCCUUUUGCUUCCUCCCAGUCUGUGCCUCUUCCCUUCCCCAUGUCUCAUGGCACCACCACCUUGGCUUUCAUGUUUCAGGGUGGCGUUCUCGCAGCAGCAGACACUCGUUCCAGUUGUUCCGGCCUUGUGGCGUGUCCAGCCUCCCAGAAGAUCCUGCCCAUCCACAGUCACUUGGUGGGCACCACCUCGGGUACAUCGGCUGACUGUGCGCUCUGGAAGCGGAUUCUGGCUCGAGAACUGCGCCUUUACCAGCUCCGCCAUGGCCGACGCUUGUCCACGAGAGGAGCUGCCAAAUUACUUUCACACAUGCUUCAUCCUUUCAAGGGAACUGAGCUGUGUGUUGCUGCAACGCUGUGUGGGUGGGAUGGAGGAGAGGUGGAUGAUGGAUGUCAUGCAGGUACAGUGAUUGAUCUCAGAGGUCGUGGAGGAACAACAAAGAGUGAAAUGACUGACCAGGAGAAGUACUUAGAUACCCUCAAUGAAAAGGUCUCUCUGCCAGAAACUCAGAGUUCUACUUUUUCUGAGCAAUACUUUGCGAGGAAGAAAGUAAGUUUCUCUGGACCCGGUCUGUUUUAUGUAUGCAGUGAUGGUACUCGCCUGCAGGGAACGCUCUUCUCUGUGGGUUCAGGAUCCCCUUAUGCCUACUCAAUUCUGGACCAAGGGGUUCGAUGGGGUCUGACAGUGGAUGAGGCCACAUCAAUAGCUAGAGAAGCCGUGUACAGAGCUACGUACAGGGAUGCAUACUCAGGAAACUGUGUAGACAUCUAUCACAUCACCUCAAACGGAUGGACUCGCAGGACCAGAGAAGAUUUGAAAGAGGAAUAUUACAGAGAAAAGGAGAGGCGAAGACAUGAGGGAAGGGGGAGACAGGACGUGACUGUGUCGGAGUAAAGACAUGAAACAAACCAAAAUGUCUUGAGAAAAGAAAAGGCAAACAUAGGGGAGUAUUUCGGAGAGACGUGAUAGCGUCUUUGCAGCAGAUACUAAAUUAAUGAAGAGGACAGGCAGUUGCAUCCUUCAGGCUAUUUCUCAAAUGAUUUGGGCAUGCCUAUUGUUCCCUCUAAUAAACAGCUGAUGUUUUGUUUGCGCUGAUGAUAAAAUGUGUUCUAAUGUGCACUGCUGGCUGGCAUUUUGAUUUAGAUGUUAAAACAUUAUGAAUCAUUUCAAGCAUGUGAGAUAAUUACUACCUACUCCUGCAAGUGGUGGAAUCGCAUAAACAGGGAGAAGCAGAAAAUGAAUAGUCCAAAAAAAUCUAAAUGUCUGGAGGCUGAAGGUCAUAAUGGAUUGCCAUGUGCGAGGGAACACAUUGAGCUGUAGCAAUAAACGGGCUGAAAGCUUGAUUUGUGUCUGCUGUCAGAUUACUUCUGAAGUUUCUUUGACACUUCAAUAAAUUAAUGAAUAAAAGAAAUUUUGCUGAA